UCCCUCCUCCUCUCCUGCUCAGCAGGAUGAGUAUGUUCCUCCUGCUGUUGAUCCGGGUUGCUUCUGGUGCUGAUGCUGCUGUUGGGUCGCAGAGUCCAGGCCAUGCUUACAUUACGAUGAUCAUGCCUUGCAACACAGACCCGAGCCCUGAUUUCUCUGGGGGCAGAAACACACAGAACACAGUGACAACAGAGAGAGAUGUUUCUUACUGCUGAUAAGAAGACGCAGGAGCAAAGGCCCAUCUGGACCUUGAGAGACCCAGAAGAAUCUCAGAAAUGGCAAAGAGAGAUUACCUGGUGGAAGCUGCCAAGCAGAUCCGAAUGGCUUUGGACAGCGAGGUCAAUGAAGACUACGAGGCGGCCUUCAGUUACUACAAGAACGGAGUGGACUUACUGCUGAAUGGAGUUCAGUUGGACCCAAACAAAGAUAGGAGGGAGGCUGUGAAGAGGAAAACAACCCAGUAUCUGAAGCGAGCCGAAGAAAUCUUUAUAACUCAUCUGCAGGAUAACCUAGGAAAAGGAGGUACUCAUUUAGGGGGCUACAGCAGUCUGAGAUUUCGCCCGAUCCGACACCUGAGUUCUCCCGUAGAGGAUCUGGAAAUGUGUAAAGUGGUGGGAGUCAGCGAUAAGGUCCUGAUUGUGCAAAGCAUGGUCAACAAAGAGACGUUUGUUGUAAAGAGCCUUGUCAAAUCUAGCUGGGAGAGCAGAGACCAAACAACCAUUAUUCCUCAAGGUGUGCCCUACAUGGUGAAGCUGCUACGGUAUUAUGUCAGUGAGGAUGCUGUGUACCUGCAUCUGGAGCAUAUCAAGGGUGGGAGGCUUUUCUCCAAGUUGCACAAACUUAGAAGUGAGAAAGCCAGGGAACACCCGGACCCAUGCUUCAUCUCUGGGCAGCACAACGUCAAGCUGAAGACAAGCCACACCUCACCUGCAAUCAGCAGAGACUACCAGCACAACAGCAGGAGCACAGCAGCGAUUCCACACAAACUAACCGACGAGAGUCCGGAUACAGACUUCCCAAACUCAUGGGACGAGACUCAGCAGCGACUGGAAAGCUGCGGGACUCACUCCUACAUAGAGGAGACAGGUUGUCUCCAGAACACCCGAUCGGCCGCGUCAUUUUACACCAAGCUGGAUCAGCAGACGCUGAUCUCCGGCCUCACGAGGACACAGGUCAACACUCACAUCCAUCCACCAGCCCCUAGUUUGUGUUUGCAUUCCAACGAAGCUCAGGAAAAGCCAGCUCUUCCUCUCUCUUGUGCCCGUGUCAGCCAAGCUCUCGAUGUCAUGUCAGAACUCCAUAAAAAGAAGGCUGGGAUGGGUCUCAUAGAGUGCAGUACAGACUUCGAGGCAGCCUGGAAAGCUGCAGAUCCAGCACACAGCUAUAACAACACCAACCUCUAUGCAGUGACUGGCAAUAAUUUGCAAAGAGCAACACCUCAGACAAAUCAGAUCUCGUUUAAAAGAACAGAACCUCCUAAAAGUCAAAAAGAUGCUAUGAGUUCCUCUCCUGCAAUUCUGCAUCUCCCUCUCCAUUGCCAAACCCAAAUCCGUGGCAGGGCAUCAUGGGAAACUAAUGGCUCUCAUCAGGGAUCUUUUGUUGCUGAAAGUUCUGAAGAGAUAAAUGCAGAGUCGAAGGAAGAAAGCAGUCCCCUUGUAGAAGAAAGAAAUGGAAUGAUAGUCAUCAGGAGUACGGACAGAGCAGUAUUUUCUGACCAUGCGGACACAACCAUCAUCUCUGAAAGUUCAUGUGAUUUUCCUGCUUCUCUUUUCCACGGAAGCGUUAAUACACAGGUUAAGUCAUCAGGAGUAUGUCAAAAAAGAGAAAAUUGGCCCGGAGGUGAAAAACAGGGUAUAGAAGUGGCAUGUGAGGUAGUAAGCCCUGGAGGGAAGAACCUAAAAGCAGGAUCAUACGUAAGCUGGUUCUCUCCUGACCCAUUGGGAGCCACAUCCCACAGCGACAGAAAGAACCUGGAGGGAUCAGAGAAGCACGAAGAAGACCAGAUCAUUGAGGUGGACGGCUGGUGUCACCUGCCGCGCUUUCCUGCCAAGACCUCCAGGCCUGCAGAGAAGGCCUUGCAGAGCUACUGGGGGCUUCCAGAAGGAGAGGUGCGUGUGUGGGGGGCGCAGAUUCUGUUGGCCCUGGAGAGUCUACACGAGCAAGGCAUCUUGUGUCGGGAUCUCAACCCGAGGAACAUUUUGCUCACCGGCAACGGAAAGGUGUGUUUGACGUUUUUCAGCCAGUGGAGUGAGGUUCAGUCAGAGAUUAGCUCCAAAGCCAUGGAGCAGAUGUACUGUGCUCCAGAAAUCGGAGGAGUGUCGAGGAUUACAGAGGCUUGUGACUGGUGGAGUCUCGGGGCUUUGCUCUUUGAACUUCUAACAGGAAUGCCCCUUUGGCAGCUCCAUCCAGCGGGAAUCCAUUCCCACACCCAGCUGCUCAUCCCCGACCACCUAAGUGCUGCAGCUGCGUCCCUGCUCACUGAGCUACUUCAGUUUGAUGCAGGUUAUCGCUUGGGUUCUGGAGGUGGAGGAGUAAGCGACAUCAAAUGCCACCCCUUCUUCAGCGGUGUCUCCUGGAAAGCUCUGUCCUGCUAGCAGACCUCCCAUCAUUUGUGCCAUACUGGACUUUAAAACAAACAGAUCAGCUGGAUUGAAACAUCCUGCAAUUUUACAGGAGCUUCCCAAAGAAAAAGUUAAACAAAGGUUGGGGAUACCCAGUGCCUUGCAAAAGUAUUCAUACCACUUGAAUUUUGUCACAUUACAAACAUCAUUUCACUGGAAUUUUAUGUGGGAGAGUGACACAAAGUAGCACAGUUUCCAAAAAAAUUACAAGAUUUUAAUCUGUGAAUAUGAAGUGUACUGAUGUUUAUCUCCCUGAAGUGAAUACUUAUAACCAUAUUUAUUCUAUAAAAAAUAUGGAAAAUAGGCUUUGAUCAAAACAUGGAGUACCUGGGUCCAGUCUUCCAAGAGCUACUAUCAGGAAACUUUUCACACCAUCAACCUUUCCCAAAAAAAAAAACCCUAAAUCAAAAUAUUUAAUUCCCUCAUCAACAUGUCAUUUAGCUCCGCACAGGUUUGGUAACAAAGUAUGUGUGACGGAGGAGCCGUCACGAGCAGGGACUUAAUUAUGAGUCCGUCAGCAUGCGAGCACGCCCGCACACCCCUACACACACAAAUAUAUACAUAAUCGUUAACUGUCUUUUUGUUCCAGCUUAAACUGACGUGGCUCAUCGUGGGUGCACACGUGGUGUUCCUGCUUCAGUUAACAUAUGAAGCCUAAUCUGUUAUUUUCAGCUUCAAACUUUUUGCCGAUUCUAUUAUCAAGCAGGGUUGUUUCCAGGAGGGAGUAACAUGAUGACGUAGUGACAUCAUCAGAACGUACUGAGUGUUUUCUAUUAAAUUGAGUAUUGUAUUUUUGAUAGCAAGUUUAUUUAUUUAUAUUUUUUUCCCCUUGGUAUUUGUUACUUUGUAUACCUUGAGAGUUUACUUGAGUUAUAAGCAAUUUUUUUUAGCUGUUUUUGCAUAUUUGGUCUUUCUGUAGGCGGAGCCUGUGGCUUUAAAGCCACAGGCUCCACAAGGAGUCGGUCUGUGGCUAGACUCAAGUCACCUUGAAGGUGAUGCAUUGAAGUCAUUUUUGUUUGUCCAAGUUAUAAUAGAACCCCGUCACAGUAUGUAUUUGAUUCAGGUGUGUUGGAGAAAGGAUUUAUCUAAAAUAUGCCUUGCAGUAAUUAUCAAGGACGGGACUUGGAACCCCUGAUCUGAACCACUCCCUUGUGGCUCUGGAUCCAUUUACUGUUGUCCUGCUGAAAGGUGAACAUUCACACCAAUCUGAAAUAUUUUACACCUCUAAUAAGUUUUCUUCCAGAAUUAUUCUCUGUUUAGCACCAUCAAUCUUCCCAUCAACUCUGACCAGCUUUUCAGUCUAAGAGAAAGAAAAGCAUCACCACAGCAUGAUGCUGCCACAACCAUGAGGGGGAAAAAAAUCUUCUACCAGCCACAUUUCUGUUAAACACUCAUCUGUGUUGAUUUUUCUCAUGUAUAUUAAUUUUUGGUUGUAAUGUGGGAAAAUGUAAAAAAUCUGAUGCUUUUCCAAGGCACUGUGUUCCAUAAAGGAACAUAUUUACUUUUUUCCCAUGGGAACUCGGAUGUGUUUUAAUGCAAUUUUGAUAAUUAAGUUUUACAUAUCUUCAUAAUCGCCAUGCAUGUGAAUAAAAUCCCUUUAAAAUCAAAA